GGUGGGUGGGGGGCUGGGCGGGGCCUGGCGGCAGGCGGAGCAUGCAGGUGACGGGGUCGCGCUGCCGGGGUCGCGCGUGCGGCGCGUCGGGAGAUGGCGGCGCGGGCCCGGAUGGAGGACGCCAGUGCCGAGGGUUCCCUGGACCUGGUGCAGAGUAUCGAAGAGGACCCACUGCUGGAUACCCGGCUGCCCCCGCACCACUCCCUGCAGGCUCACUUUAGCCCCAGCUUCCAGCCCCUGCCCACGGCGCUCAUGGCUGUUCUGCUCCUGCUCAUCCAUGUGCUGUUUGUGGUCUUGGCGUUUUUAACAGGUAUGCUUUGCUCAUACCCCGACCCAAAGGAAGACAGGUGCCCAGGGAACUACACCAGCCCACUGAAGGCGCAGAGCGUCAUUGUCUUGGGCAAGGUGGCGCUGUGGCUCCUGCACCUGCUGCUCGAGCGCUACCUCCAGCAUCAUCAUGACAGGGUGCGGGGCCGCGGCUACAGCCACAUCGACCGUGCCACAAGGCCGCUGAAGUCGCUGGCCCUGCUCACGCACUCUGCAGGCAACGCGGCGCUGCUGCUGGUGCUGGGUGCACAGCACUCAUUCCCUGGGCCUGGCACACUGUACCUCGCCCUCAUCCUGGCGGUGCUGACCCUGGAGCUGCUCUGCUCGAUGACCUGGCUGCUCCUGUAUGCAGUGAAAAUUAGGAAAUUUAACAGAGCCAAACCACAGCCUGAUGUACUUGAAGAGGAAAAGAUCUGUUCUCUCCCCAACGGUGUCCCCUCGGAGACUGGAUUCAGGACCUCCUCGCACCUAGAAGCAGUGGUGGAGAAGCAGGCGGACGUCAUCGCGCACCUGCGGCGGCACAAUGCACUCCUGAGCCGGCGGCUGCUGGCACUCGCGGCCUCGGAGCCGGGCUCGCAGCAUGGCCGGACCUAGAAGCCACAGACGAGGCACCCAGGGCCAGGAGAGCCUGGGCCAGCCAGCCCGCUGCUGGUCACACGCCACGGAACUGGGAGGAGGCGGGGCCUUGGAAAGGGCGCUGUUCUGUGCUCCGGACUUUAAGCCCUGCUCUUCGAACUCUUCUUCGCGGACUCACUGCCAUGUGGCCUCGCUUUAGCAGAGCGCGCUAGGUGCUGGGAGGAGCGGCCGGGUAACUGAGCAAGCGGUCAUAAGGUUGGAGAUUGGGCCCAGGGCCUGGCGCACAUGUGCUCCGCCACUGCGCUGUGCCCUUAGGCUAAACAGUGUUGAAAGCGGUAAUCUCUGCUUUAAACUAGAGAAACCUGCACUUCUGCAGCAUCCCCGCCCCCUGUAGCCACUGCCACGAGUGCUUGCAGCACUGUGUGACCCUGAGGCCCAGCAGCGGUUUUACCCUCCCAUGCUGCUAGGCACCAACCUGGUAGCACCCACGCCGGACAAGUGCCCCACAUCACUGUCACCCAAUCUCCUGUCUGUGGACCAUGAAGCCCGGCAUGAGGGCGCGUUGGAAAACACAGCACUCAGGAGGCUGAGGCAGGAGGAUCGCGAGUCUGAGGCUGCCUGGAUAGCGUUGUGAGACCCCGUCUCAAAAACAGAAACCGAACUGUAGGACCAACGUCUCAGUGAUUUACUAUUCAAAUUCUACAGUCUCUUCAGAAAUCUGGUGUGGGGGUUACCUGGUGGUAUGGCCGGGACAGGCUUUUCCACUAUGGCAGAUUUUCUGCUAUCAGAAGCUGGAAGAUACAGAAAUUUCCUGUCACCUUUGCCCUUCUUGAGGAGGUUGCCAUAAAUUUCUAUACUGGACUAGUUCCUUGGCUCAAGAAAUUCAGUUCCAGGAGUGGAAAAGUCUGUGGUCCAAAGUCUUGGAAAGACUUUUUAGUCUUGGAUUGUACUUAAAAUUUUGAUGGGAAUAAGUGUCACUGAUUUACCUACAGAUAUUAAACAUACCUAUUUCCUGAGCAUGCAGUGCCCAGUCUUUAUGAAUAAGAGUGUCACUUCGUGGCCCUGUGCUCCCUGCCCCCCUUGGCUGGUGCCUUGGGCUCUUGGUUGCAGGCUCUGAGGGGAGAGCCAUUUAACACUGCAAGCUGGGGCCCGCUGUUAGCUGGUGACAUAGAUUCGAUUGGAAGAGCUGGACAUGACUACUUUGGAAUGUGUCAGCUGAGAUUAGAUGAGGAAGGGCUUUUUUGUUUGUUUUGCUUGGUAUGGUGGUACUCCUGGGGUUAUAGAACACAGCCACAUCCCCAGCCCUUCUUCAUUUUGAGGUAGGAUCUUGCUAAGUUGCCCAGACUGAAUCAAACUUGCUGUCAUCCUGCCUCCCAAAGGCUGGGAUUACAGCUGUGUGCCACUACUCUCAUUGGCAAGGGAUUUUUUUGUUUGUGGGUUGGCUUUUUGAAAUUGGGUCUUGCAGUAUAGUCAUGGUGAAACUGAAAUUUGUGAUUCUCUUGUCUCAGCCUCCUGAGUGCUGGCAUUAGAGGUUACGCAGCUGUAGCUGGGAUAUGUUCAUUUGCUUGCACCCACUAUUGCUUAUGGACGGGAAAACAUCUGUUGUAUACGUAUGCCUCUCCCCUGGGCGGGGGGCAUUGAAAGUAUAUAUAUAAAGAGGACUGUGUAUUGCCUUCAGGAAGUCGAGUCUUCAAAACAGUGACACUGCUAAAUUCAAGUCAUGUCCAAAUCCCUGCCCAUUUUCCUUCCUUUUAAAAGCUGUUUCAAAGCCA